AUGGAUUCCUCUUCGCCUGCGUUUAAAGAUGUUGUCGAAUCCGAAAUUAAUACGGAUUCUUCUUUUGUUCCCUUAACGGUGAAGGAUUUGGAAGACGGGACAACUGGGCAGCUGGGUGCCGUUCUAAACGUCUCUGCCUGGAACGUGACUGAAAGCACGCCCGAGUCUGUGGCUAUUUCACCGGCGCUUGGGAAGGAGAUCUUAAUUCCUCUGUAUAGCGCCAUGUUCUUGUUGUCACUGGUAGGCAACACACUGGUUAUUGUCACAUUAAUUCAGAACAAGCGCAUGAGGACGGUGACGAACGUGUUUCUGAUCAAUCUAUCUGUAAGCGACCUUUUGCUGGCUCUGUUCUGUAUGCCUUUUACUCUUAUACCUCCCCUGAUGAAAAACUUUAUAUUUGGAGAGGCGAUUUGCGUCCUGAUACGGUACUUACAAGCUGUGUCGGUGGGCGUCAGCUGCUUCACGCUAGUGGCCAUCUCUCUGGAGCGUUACUUUGCCAUUUGUCAACCACUCAAGUCUCGAAGUUGGCAAACGUUGUCUCACUCCUAUAAGACGAUCGCUAUAUGCUGGGUGCUGUCUAUCAGCUUUAUGAUUCCCAUCGCCAUGUACAACAAACUUGUGCCACUGGAAAACGACAGGUUUGCCUGCAGAGAAAUCUGGUACAAUCCAGAAUGGAAAAAAGCGUACACGAUUCUUCUGGACCUGGUCUUGCUGUUUUUCCCGGUUGUCAUCAUGUCACUCUCAUAUGGAAUGAUUGUCCGCACUCUCUGGAUGGGAAUAAAGAUGGAAAUGCGCAGCGAAAAAGAUGAAGGAGAAGAGGCUGAAACUAUGAUGACGUCAGAGACUGCGUCAUCCAAAGGAUCCACGGCCUCCACCAGAGGGCGUUUGGAUUAUGGACGUGUCAUGCGACAAGCGAACAGCGAAAAAAGCCGAGCUGCCAAAAAACGAGUGAUUAAAAUGCUGUUUGCUGUCGUUCUGGAGUUUUUCAUCUGCUGGACUCCGCUUUACGUGACCACGACCUGGAUUAUAUUCGAUUACGACAGCGUGGAACGCCACAUCACUCCAAUGGCUAUGUCUUUUAUCUAUUUGCUGUCGUAUGUGUCGUCAUGCUGUAAUCCCAUUACCUACUGUUUCAUGAACAGGAAAUUUCGACAGGGAUUCAUCUCGGCUUUUAAAUGCUGUAUUUGUAUGGGUAGAAACCAAUCUUCCAGGGGUUUCAUGCACUCGUCCUCCAGCCACACCUUGUCCACGAGAACAGGUAAAAGCAAACCGCGGGCAGCUAGAGUUUACAGCACUACUGCCGAACCGUACAUUCGUGCCAAAAAUGGCCGCCCCAGCUCUGGUCGGCUUCACCAGACCCAUAGUAACAAUAAUACGGACAAAGUUUUCUCAUCCUUCCGAUAAGUGUUGGUGGGAAGUAAGAUUCCCUUGGGACAUUGUUUCGUUAGCUGUCUAGCUAAGAGUAGAGAGUAUGUCACUAAAUCAAUGAUAUUUAUACUUAUCUUUUGUAAUCACCUCCAAAUAGCUGACC